CAAAAAACUCAAUUCUAAUUUGAACACAAUAGAUUUUAUGAAGUGCUGACUAAAAAUUAACCAUGGCCGAUGACGAAGAUAAACCAAAGAAGCACACUCUGGACAGCCUCUUCCUGGUGUACGCCAAUUUUCAGGUGAUACCAACGGAUAUUGAGAACGAGGUUUUUGACAGCAUUCUCCUCUCACAACUGGAUGCCUGGCUGGAGCAGGCCAAACUCAUGCCAAAUCCUAUUACACGAACCCAGACGGGUCUUAUCUAUAUGCGAUAUAAGAAAUGGCGCCUGGAAUAUGAAGACUUUUUAGAGGUUCUAAACAGCUUGGCCAUCGACAAUGACAUACCCAUAGAUGAAAUGAAACAGCUAAUGAUCGAUGCUGGAGUCCCAAGCGGAGCCGAUAUGGUCAUAGUCGUCAAAUAGAUGUA